AUGAUGAAUCACAUAAAAAAAAUAGUAACAGAUGGCUUCUUUAAGGGCAAUAAAGUCUUCACAGUUAUCAACUGCCCCAAUAACCAAACCAGCCUAUUUCCUGUUAAACGAGCUGAAAUGAAGAAGCAAAAAUGUAUCCAGGAAGAUCCUGAAACCAAGAUCAACCCUUUUGAUUUUCUCUCAGAAGAAAUCGUGUUUUCAAUCUUAGACUACCUCAUACCAAACCCAUUUGAUCGAAAAUCAUUCUCUUUAGUCUCAAAAUCUUUCUACUCAAUUGAAUCUCGCCAUCGGAAAACGUUAAAACCCUUCCCUCGUACCUCUAAUGAUCAUCGUCAUGAUCAAUUAAAAAAACUUCUAAAACGAUACCCAUUUGUUACCCAUCUCGAUCUUUCCCUCUGCCCUCGAAUCACUGAUGGUUGUUUGUCAUACAUCGCGAAUUCUUGCGGAAAAGCCUUGAAAUCCAUCGAUCUUUCUAGGUCUAGGUUCUUUACACAAGUGGGGCUCUCGUAUUUGGUUUCAAACUGUGUUAAUUUGGUGGAUAUCGAUCUGUCAAACGGUGUACAUUUGAAUGACACUGCAGCUGCAGCUGUUGCUAGUUGCCGGAGUUUGGAGAGGCUGAGUUUGACUAGGUGCAAGUCGUUGACUGAUAUUGGAAUUGGGUGUAUUGCAGUUGGGUGUUCGAAUUUAAGGGUUUUGAGCUUGAAAUGGUGUUUGGGUGUUAGUGAUUUAGGGGUGGCUUUGAUUGGUGUCAAGUGUAAGAAGAUUAGAAGCUUGGACCUUUCUCACUUGCUGAUCACGGAGAAAUGCUUACCUUCACUUUUAAAGUUGGAAUUUCUUGAAGAUUUGAUUUUGGAAGGAUGUUGUGGAAUCAAUGAUGAAAGUCUUGUAUCCCUCAAACAAGGGUGGAAGUCACUCAAGACGUUGAAUAUGUCGUAUUGUGAUAAUAUCACACAUGUGGGAGUUUCUUCAUUAACAAGCAAAGCCAAUUGUCUUCAAAACCUUAACUUAUCAUAUGGGCCACUAGUAACUCUUCCACUUUCUGAAAGUCUACAAAAGCUUUCUCAAUUGCAAUCAAUUCGCUUAGAUGGAUGCCAAGUCACAUGUUUGGGUCUCAAAGGCAUUGGAAAUUGGUGUGUAUCACUUAAGGAGCUAAGCUUAAGUAAAUGCUCGGGUGUUACAGAAGAUGGGCUUUCAUCAAUUGUGAAGAAACACACGGAUUUAAAAAAGUUAGACAUCACAUGUUGUAGAAAGAUUACUCAAAUUUCAAUUGCCCAUGUGACAAAAUCUUGUGGGUCCCUUGUUUCUUUGAAGAUGGAGUCGUGUACACUUGUUCCCUUUGAAGCUUUCUUUUUGAUAGGGCAAAAUUGUCAUUUUCUUGAGGAGCUUGACCUUACUGAUAAUGACGUUGAUGAUGAAGGCCUAAAGUUUAUCUCAAAAUGUUCUCAACUCUCUAUCUUAAAGCUUGGAAUAUGUAUGAAUAUAAGUGAUGAGGGGCUUAUUUAUAUUGGAAAUGGAUGCCCAAAACUUAAAGAGCUCGAUUUAUACAGAUCAAUUGAAAUCACAGAUAGGGGGAUUUCUUCUAUUGCUCAUGGUUGCCCUUCACUUGAAAUCAUAAACAUUUCUUAUUGUGAAAACAUCACUGAUAGCUCAUUGAUUUCAUUGUCAAAUUGUUCAAAGUUAAACACACUAGAAUCCCGAGGAUGCCCUCAUAUCACAUCUUUAGGGCUCAAAGCCAUUGCCAUUAGAUGCAAACAAAUCUUAAAGCUAGACAUCAAGAAAUGUCACAAUGUGAAUGACUCAGGAAUGAUUCCACUUGCUCAAUUUUCACAUAACCUCAGACAGAUAAAUUUAUCGUAUAGCUCGGUGACAGAUGUAGGGCUAUUAUACCUAGCUAGCUUAGGGUGUUUGCAGAGUAUGACAAUUCUUCACAUGGAAGGGUUGACUCCAGUUGGACUUGCAGCUGCAUUGUUUGGAUGUGGAGGCCUAAUGAAAGUGAAGCUUCAAUCAUCUUUUAGAACUCUGCUACCACGAUUAGUUCUUGAGCAUUUAGAAGCUCGUGGUUGUGUUUUUCAUUGGAGAGAUAAAGUCUUUCAGGCUGAAUUGGAUCCGAAAUGUUGGAAACUACAAGCAGAAGACAUUGAAUAGGCGUAAUUUCCAUUUCCAUUUUAUAUCUAGUGUGUAUGCAUAAAAGCAAACUGCCUAGAAAUGGUUUGGAUUUCUGUAUGAUGAUGGAAAAUCAUGGUUCUUUUCCAUGCGGAUGGAUUGUACAAAUGUAGUUUGAUUCCUACAAGGUUAAGAGACUUGUAUUAGCUUUCUAUUUGACUUUUAAUGAUUUGUAUUAGAGACAACUUGGUUUUGAAGUUGAUAUGUGGUAAUGUAAAUGAGUUGAGUAUUGAUGGUAUUAUAGUCCGUUUACAAAGUGGGGUGUU